AAUACUUCCGAGGACAAGCAAGUACAUUGUUGCUACUAAAAAUUGAAGUUCCUUAUUUUAAAAGGUUAUUGACUUUUAAACUUGGCAAGAGAAUCUUGGUAUUUCAGUCAGAACAGGUGGCGCCAUCCUUAGUUUAUCUGCUUAAACAUUGUCGACGCCCUGUUAGUGAAGUUUACUCAUUACGUGUGUGAUAGUGUAAUUCCAUCUAUCUGGAUUGAAAAUUCCUCGUCAAGAUGCAGACCAUCAAGUGUGUGGUGGUGGGAGAUGGUGCCGUGGGUAAAACAUGCCUUCUCAUUUCAUAUACCACAAACAAAUUUCCAUCAGAGUAUGUACCAACGGUCUUUGAUAAUUAUGCAGUGACUGUUAUGAUUGGUGGUGAACCAUACACUUUAGGACUAUUUGAUACAGCGGGUCAAGAAGAUUACGAUAGAUUAAGGCCAUUAAGUUAUCCACAAACAGAUGUUUUCUUAGUAUGUUUUUCUGUUGUAUCGCCUUCAUCAUUUGAGAAUGUUAAAGAAAAGUGGGUACCAGAAAUAACACACCACUGUCAAAAAACACCCUUUCUGUUGGUUGGAACACAAAUAGAUCUAAGAGAUGAUGCUGCAACAAUAGAAAAACUCGCCAAAAAUAAACAAAAACCCAUCACUUUUGAACAGGGUGAGAAGUUGGCUAAAGAACUUAAAGCUGUCAAAUAUGUCGAAUGCUCGGCUUUAACUCAGAAAGGGUUAAAGAAUGUGUUUGAUGAAGCAAUCCUUGCAGCUCUAGAACCACCAGAACCUGUAAAGAAACGAAAAUGUAUCCUUCUGUAGGAAAAAUGUUUCUGUCUUCUUUCAUUUAGGGUGAAACCCAGUAUCCAUGGGCUGGAAGUUAAAGAAAUAUCAAUCCUCACCACCAUCACACGAAUUAUAUAGUCACAUGAGUAUAUGAUAUAGUAUACAUUACUAAGUGCAUGUAGUACAUCUUGAAUUUACAACUAAAAAGUAUAUUCUUGAUGCAUAUGUACAUUAAUUAUGCUACCAAAAUUAUAUUACUAAAUAAAAUGAAGUGGUGGACCUUAUAGUAAAGAGAUAAUAAUUGAUUGAUACUAUAAAGUCGUUGGAAAGACUGACAGAAUUUUUUACAAUUUCCGUUUUAAACUAUGUCAUCUUUCACUUGCACUUAACUCUCUUUUCUGUAAGUGAGGUCUUGCCUUGGCAAUUUUGAGUUCUUCCUCGCUGAAAUGCUUUGUUAAUACAGCAAGAUAGCGAUUAUAUACUUUAUAUUAAGAGAAAAUUGUCUAGGCGAUUCUUCUUAUUUUUCCUUAUUUCAUCUCCUCUCUGAAUUUUCAAACCAGCCCUUUAUUUAAAAAAAAAAAAAAAAAAAAUGUAUAUAGCCUAUCGUUUAACAUUUUCCCCAUUUUAUUUAGAUCCAAAUUUGUAAUACUAUUUUAUAUAAUUUAUGAAAUAGUCAUCUCAUUCUUUGUAUCACUUAAACUAUUAUGUAUAAUAUUAAAAAUUUUUAUUAAUACAUUUAACGUUUAUAAAAAAAUAUAUAUAUAUAUAAAACAAUGAAAGAGAUUGUUGCCAUUUUGUUGAUAGGUCUUUAGAUAUUAAAUACUUGAGUCGUUGAAUGUAUCCUCUUGAGGAUGUUUUAUAAGUUCAUUUAUUUUGUUAAUUUUCUAUUUUAACAGUUUGUAAACUCAUUAUAUAACCCAUAAAAAAAAUUUAUAAAUCUGUGGUAAAGGCAAAUGUGUAAUUGAGAUUGGUUACAAUAAACAUUUUUACAUCUAAACCUGUUAACACAAUUAUGAAACAGGUUCUUCCUUUAAUUUUUCUAAAAAUGUUGCUUAAGGGUUUUAUGACUAGCCUUGAAACAAUAAAAAUACUAACACCGUGUUAAUUAACUUUUUUUUACCAGUAAUUUAUUAAACUAAACAUAGAUUUGAAGUUAUUAUAAGUUUAUAGAAAUUAUUUGAAUUCAAGAGCUGUGCAACAAUUAUGUUAUCCAUAAUAUUUUUUUCUGUAUGUUUAUAAUUAUUCUUUUUUCUAUUUAUUAUUUAUUUGUUUAAGAAAUUAUUACUAAAUAAAACUUCUCUGGUGAAAAAAAUAAGCUGACCCAAUUGUAUAUGUGUCAAGUCUUUGUACAAAUUUGCAUCUAAUAAUUUAUUUUCGUAACCAAUGAGCUAUUUGCAGUUAAAACAUUAUCGUGAACACAAAUUUAAGUUCAUAUGAAAUACUUACACAUCUUGUUGAUGUUGGUUCAAAAAUUAAUUUUUUUUUUUUCAAAUAAUAUGAAGUAUAUGAAAAGUUGAGUUUAUAAAAAUUAUGAAGAGUUAUUUUCAUAAUUAUUAUGAAGUUCAACUUCUUCUGAGUCUUUUGGUGUAUUUAGCAAUGAUUGUAAUUUGUAGUUUUAUUAAUGUUAUUCUGUUUAGAUGCAUAUUGUAAUAGCUUAAGUUAAUUACAAAAUUAAGCAUAUCUAAACGCAACAUAUGUUUCACUGUUAAUUUAGUCCCAGACCAUUCCUCGUUUCUUUGCAUUUUAAAUCAAUAAUUAUAAUUUAAAUUUUCACCACUUCUAAUGUGGUGUUAUUUCUUUCUAUAUUUUUAUUUUAAAUAUAAUAAAUGGAAGGAAAUAAAAUAGAAAUGAUUAUGUACCUUCAUUGAAGACCUGAAUGAAAGCUUGUAUUUUUUUAUGAGUGAAUGACGUUUGAAAUGUUCAGCUCAAAAUAUUAAAAAAUAUAUUUAAAAUUUUAUUGGUAUUUCCUUUAUUCAAAUAGAAAAAAAUUGGUUUCUACUUAUGUCUUUUCGAAAAAAUUUUAUAUCUAAAGAUGUGUAAUAAAAUAUACAAGUAUAAUUUUAAAUGUUUUCACCUAAUUAUUUAUUUUUUCCAAAACAAAGAGAAUUGACCAACAAUAAAGUAACAACUUACAUAUCAUCAUUGUAGAAGCAACUUAACAAAUAUCAAUUUUUAACAAACGUUUGUGAUAUGCAUAAUCAAAAUUUGCCGCUGAAUCUCCAUGAGAAUCCUAGUUUAAUGAAAUUAUGCUUAAAGGUAACUAAUAAAAACGAAUGUAUUUUUCACUAAUAAAUAUAAUUAAGACUUUUAUGGUUUAAAUUUAUUUAAUAUAAUAUUAAUUUAUGGUAAAUAUACCAAAAAACAAUUCAAGAAUUUUUUAAAUAAUAGUGAAAAAAAAAUACUAUAUAUCAUGACCAUAAUUUUCUAUUGGAAAUCAUUUAUUCGUCACAAAUAAAUAAAAAAGAGGCGUUUAUGGUUAAAGUUACUUAUGGUUAUAUUAACAUUAAUUUAUGGUAAAAAUAAAAGAAAAUAAUAUUUAUUAGAACUUUAAAAAAAUCAUCAUGUACAAUAACCAUAAUUUUCUAUUAGAAUUCAUGUAUUCAUCACAAAUAAAUAAAAUAUAAUACUUAAAUGGUUUAAACUACUUAAUAUAAUAUGAAUUUAUGGUAAAAAUAUAUAUAUUUCCAUAGAACUUCCUGAAAAAAAAUUAACAAUAAUAGAAAAAUAUUGUGUACAAAUUAAUUCAAUUAAUGCCAAAAUUCAAGUUUUACAGGGGACGCCAAAUUAAUGCCAAAAAGGUGGAUCUACAGGUGAGAGGAAUUUAAAGCUGAAGCCUACUCCCCCCUAAAAUGGUAAAAUGUUACUGUUGGGGCCAGGAGUAUUUCAAAAUGAAAAUACAAAUCUUUCCCCUGUGGGUCUCCUCAAAAAUUGGGGAAACUUCGAGCAAAAUUAAAUGGUGGGAAAGAAGGGGCAAAAAAUAGUGAUGAGAGCUGUAAAAGAAGAAAAAAAAAUGCAUGCACAAGAAAAUAUUAAUAAUUAGAAAUAUUCAGUUGAUCAAAAAAAUGGAAAAUAAAAAAUCCCCUUUUAAACAUUUACAAUUUAUUAUAGUGGAAAAAAAGAAAUAAAAUCCAACAUAAACUACAAUAUUCAGUGAAAAAAAAAAAAUUGUCCAUAAAUCGCGAAUAAACCUAAAUAUAUAAACAAUAAACAUUUCUCCUCCCCCCUCCAAAAAAUUUAAAUCCAGGAUUCACUAGUCAGUAUAAGCAAUUCCAACUACAGAUUUUAUUCCACUUAUGGAUUUCAUUCCAGUUCUUCCUUCCGAACAAUGCUUUGUAAUGAAAAGUAAGUAAUGAAUCAAAUAUGCUUAGUACUAAAACUGUUAAGUAUGAUGACAGAAAAAAUAGAAGAUAAACGAGGAAAAGUGAAGAUAAAAAAAAUAGGUUUUAGGAACUUUGAAGAGAGUUUCAGGGCAACAUUCUUCAAAUGGUACACUUGAAUAAAAUAUUUAAAAAAUUAAGCUGGGUAUUUUAGAUGACAAAUAAAUAAUAAAUUAACUAGUGGUUUAUGCAGUAGGAAAAAUGUUCAAAUUUAUACAUCACUGGAAAAAGUAAUGAUGAGUACAUCUGCAACGCUGGUAGUACUGUAGUGUUCCAGCAUGCUGAUCAAUGAACAAGGGGCUGGAUUACUUUUCGCUAAAGAAAAAUCUUUUGUUUUCAAAUUUCUAUUCGCAUUUUAUUAUUAAAUCCGUUAUAAAUUUUGUAUUAUGAAUUCCUUUGCUUUUGUCUUUAUUUUUAAAUAUAAUUCUUUAAUAAAAUAUGUUUGGUUAAUAAAAUUCAUAUAUUGCAAUAAUUAAUUUAACUAUUAUCUUAGUCCACAAUUACAGAGAUAAAUAAGAAAAAUAUAAAUAAUAUUUAUAUAUUAGCCUUCUAUUUUUGAGGUUUGGAAAGAUUCACAUUCAAUUAUGAAACAGACUCAAGAAUCUUGAAUCAAUGUCCUUCCGAAACUAAUUACAUACUUUGUAGAUUGCUAUGAGCCUUACAGCAAUAGAUAGCAGCUACAGGCUGCCAUGGAUUACUAUGAGCUGCAUGGCACUAGCGGAUCCAGGAUUUAAUUUUGGGGGGGCUUCAGCCUGAAAGCUUUUUUUUUUUUUCAUAAAAAUGACAAUAAUUACUUUGGAAAAAAGAAUGAAACUAACUAUCUAUAUGAAACGGUGUUUUAAGUGAUUCCUUAAGCCCCUUUAAAUGUAAUUACAUGAACAAUAAUACUUUAAGAGAUAAUUUUUUAAUAUAUUUUUCCAUAAAACAUGGUUAUAUUUUACCAUUUUGGGGAGGCUUCAGCCGGAAAGCGCCCUCCCCCCGUAAAUCCGCCCGUGCUGCAUGGGGAUAUGUAUGCGCGGGGACCUAUCUUAAGCUGCAUGCCUUCAUAUCAUGAGAUAUUGACUGAACAGUUUCUGAAACCCACCUUUCUUUGGCAUUUCUUCUUCCUCCUUCCAUGUGUUAGUAUUCUGAUCCCAGAUCGGAGAAUUUUUCACUCAAUCUUCCAAUACUUUUUUUCUAGGGCGCUGGUCAGUGUCCAAGUCUCACAGCCGUGUAUUGUAACUGGCUUUAUCAUAAUAUUUAUGUAAGAUUUUUCGGGAUUUCAAUGUCUUUGGCAGGGAGAAGAAAGCAAUGUUUAAUCUAGUUAUUAUGUUGGUCAUUCAUUUAUGUUAUUGUGAAGCCGUGGUAUUUGAAUUGUUCUACUCACGGGAACGAUUUCCCUUGAUUGAUUGAUUGACCAAUCACAAGAGCUUAUAGGGAAAAUUAAGAAGGGAGAGAGUAUACCGAACUUUGGCGGUUUAAGCUGAUUGCUCCUCAAAUAUAUUUUGCUUCGGGCGACCGAGGUGGAAGGGGCUAGGAUGCAAAACCAGCAUAACAAAGAUGUACGCUAAAAAUCAACAGCUGGCUGGUUCCCAAGAUGACAUACGUCUUUGCAUCUAGACUGCAAGAGGCAUCCUCGGUGUGAAAGCUCCCGUUCUAUUCCACAGUCCAGUGUUUAAGAUCUAUUUAAGGAUACAUUUAUCCUGCAUCUUGCAUCUCCAUUGUGAAAGGGGC